CUCCCUUUUUCCCAAUUUUGAAUCUUUUGUUCCACUAAAAAACAUACCACACAUCUCCCACUUCCUACUCAAGCAAUCUUUACAAUAAUGAGCUCUGCCAUGGAUCUCGACCGUUCGCUCGAUGACAUUAUAAAGAAGCGUAAAGAUAAGAAUCAAAGAAAACAACCAAAGCCGCAACCGAAAGCAAAGCAGCAAGGCAACCGAGGAGGUAGCGGUCGUACCAGACAAGGUGGAAGUUCAUUUCCCAAUAAUAAUAACAACAACAAUGGUGGCGGUGGUCGACGUGGUGGAAACAAGAAUCCCCUUUCUGUAAGCUCGAAAUCGAAAACCAUUGGCAAAUCAGCAAAAGGCAACAAUAACAUUACGUCUCGACGUGGUGGAGGUGGAGGACAAAUGCAAUUACAAAAACAACAACAGCAACGACAGAAGAAUACUGCAUCGGCGCUGUCGUCGUCGUCUUCAACGAUCGAUCCAUCAAGUAUUGUCAUUACGAAAAAAGUAUCACGUAACAACAGCAACGGCAAUAACAAUUAUAUCAGCAAUAACAACCACAACAACGGCAAUCGUAAUAAUCGCAACAUCAAUAACGGACGAAUGAACCCAUUCAUACCGACAGGUCCAGCAGCAGAAGCAAGAGGACCUUCAGCAGGACCCGUAACACAGCGUGGUCUUUCGAUCCGUGGCGCUUCGUAUGGCGCUGCUUCUUCGUCAAUGUUUGCCAAUGGCAGCGAUGGUUUUAAUAUUCGAGGAGAAUCAGGACCGGCCAUUGUUCUGAUAAGCAACCUGGAUCCAGGUGCUAAUGCGGAUGACAUUCGGAUGAUUUGUGCACAAUUUGGCCAAGUAUCUCAUUGUGAAGUCGCUGUUGACCAAACGGGGCGUUCGUUUGGGGAAGCCGAAGUUGAGUUUGUCCAAAAACAAUCGGCAUUGGAUUGCAUCAACAAAUUGGAUAAUGAAGUUGCGGAUGGUCGUAUCGUUCGGGCGAUUCUGCGAAGCAGACCCUCUGGUAUGUCGGGUGGAUAUAUGAAUCAGUCUGUUCGCUCGGUCAUUGCUCCAUCGCGUUCAGGCUUUACCUCUGCAUGAAAAAAAAAGGGGGGGGAAAGAAACAAGACACCAACACGCUCAUUUAACAUCUUAUUAAUGUUAUAUAUACAUGCUAUUAAUUUAGCAGCAGCAACAACGCAAGCCAUUCAAUUUCAACCCACAACAUAUUUUUCUCGAUAACCAUUCACAAGAAAACCAGAACCCAAUGUAGUCUUAUAACAUUUUUUCUUCGAAACAAGAUUAACAAUAACAAGCAAAAUAUACUGUUGUCUCUUUUUACCACACGACAUUUAUCAUCUCCUCAUCUAAUAUUGCAUACAAUACAACCUUGUUUAUCAUCCACAAUGUAUAUCCCUAUUUCUCUCUCUCUCUGUGUGUGUGUGUGUGUGUGUAUUACGUUGGAGGACCACAGCUUAUUUAGCUGCUGCGCUGGAAGGAU